GUCCCGCCGGAGGGGUUCCGGGCCAAGCAUGGCGGAGUCGGAGGUGUUGCUCCGGCGGACUCCGAGCCGUUCAUCCUGGUUGCGGGUACGCAAAGUCCGGCCCCACCUCCUCCUCAGCCGUCGGGGCCGCCGAAGGUUUGGGGUCCUGACCCGGGUCGAGUUGCGGCGCCUGCGGCGGCGGCUGCUGCGGGCACACGCGUUGGGCGGGGACUGGAAGCAGGCAGCCCCCGCGGGCGCGCACGUGGCGGUAAAGUGCAAACUCCGGGCCCGCAGCCGGCCGGCGCCCCGCAGCCCGCCCACGCCCAGCGGCCCGCCGGCGCCAUGCACCGUGUCCGGGACCUGCAGCCUGCUCAACCCCCGCAACCACUCCACGCCCCAGAGCCGGGCCGGGCGCCCCGUGCGGAAGGUGUCCCCGAACAUCACCCAGCCCGUGCGGGACCUGGGCUCGGGCCGCGUGUUGAUGAUGCUGCCGCCGGGAGAGGGUUUCACUUUUAGUGGGAUCUGCCGUGUGACUUGCGUCUAUGGCCAGUUGGAAGUAUACGGCUAUAUCAUCAACCAAGGGCAGCCUCCCCAAGAUGUCUUUUCUGUCUACACCCACUCUUACCUGACCAUCAAUGGGGUUCCGUACGCAGAACCCGAGAAAAGUGAGAAGGCGAUCAGGAGGGAGAUCCGGGCCCUGCUCAAGCCUUACACGAAACUCGACGACAGAAACUGGGUGGUGCGGUACUUCCCUCCUGGGGGCUCCAUUCUGAUUCUGGAGCGGAUGCAGAGCCGUUUCGUGGACUUCCUGAAGACCUAUAAGUGCUCCUCAUACGUGCUCCUGCAGGAGACCACUCCUACUCGGGAUAAUUCUGAGUUUACAACUUUGAAGAAAAUUGGCAUCAGAAGACAGAAGAGGAAGAAAGCCAUUUGCUUGAGUGAGAGUGGCCUUUGUGCCCUGGAAGAGUUAGUCAGCGUGUCCUGUGAUGGCUGCCCUGUCAUCCUGUUGUGUGGCGCUUGUGACAUUGGAAAAUCAACGUUCAGUAGAAUACUGAUUAACCAGUUAUUAAAUAGCAUUCCUGGGGUUGACUAUCUGGAAUGUGAUCUGGGACAGACGGAAUUCACUCCUCCUGGCUGUGUCGCUUUACUUAACAUCACAGAACCACUUCUGGGACCGCCUUACACUCACCAGAGGACGCCACAGCGGAUGGUGUACUAUGGGAAGCUGAACUGUUACAGUGACUACGAGAAUUACAUUGACAUAGUAAAAUACGUGUUCAGAGAUUACAAGAGAGAGUUUCCACUUAUCAUCAACACGAUGGGCUGGGUGUCAGGUAAUGGGCUGCUGCUGCUUGUGGACCUCAUCCGGGUACUGUCUCCCAACUAUGUCGUUCAGUUAUAUUCUAAUCGCUGUAAAUAUACACCAACUCUGACCUCCGAAUACGUAGAGCUCACAGAUGGCCUGUAUACAAAAAGCAAGAUCAAAAGAUAUCGAGGUUUUGAAAUUUCAGAAUUUGCAGAGAAUUUAGAAUUUCCUUAUGAAGAGAAAGAGUCUAGUCCAGCUCCAGUCUUCCCUGGACAUGUUCUGCUGUCUGUUCACUCGGAAUUCUUAAGUGGUAAAAAUGACAAGAACAGGGCCAAAUACAACAGGAUUUUUCGAGAUCUGGCAACGUUGGGCUACCUUAGCCAGCUGAUGCUUCCACUGCCAGAGCCACUUAGUCCUUUGCACAGCCUGACGCCCUAUCAGGUCCCCUUCAGUGCCGUCGCUAUCCGAGUCUUGCAUGCCGACGUUGCCCCUACCCACAUACUGUAUGCUGUGAAUGCCAGCUGGGUCGGCCUUUGCAGGAUUGUGGAUGAUAUGAAAGGCUACACUCGGGGCCCCAUCCUGCUUGCCCAGAACCCCAUAUGUGACUGUUUGGGCUUUGGUAUCUGCAGAGGCAUUGACAUGGACAAGCGGACCUACCACAUCCUCACCCCUCUACCCCCAGAAGAGUUAAAAACCGUGAACUGUCUGCUGGUUGGUUCCAUUUCCAUCCCACAUUGUAUUUUCCAGAACCAGCCUGGGCCCGAAGGAUCAGUUCCUUAUGUCACCACAGAUUACAAUUUAAAAAUUCCUGGAGCAACAGAGAAAAUUGGAGAGAGAGAGUAUGAAAAAGCAUUCCCUAGACAAAAAUUACGGCAAAGAAGAAAAUAAAGCCUGGGAAUGGAGAGACUUGUCUCCCGGGAUGCCUCGUCCCAGGCCGAGUCAGCAGACUGCGUGGGCUGUGGUGAGUGGGGCUGUGUGGCUGCUGAGCUCCUGCUCCUGCCCACUGUUCACGGAACUGGAAAGUGUGCUGUGCUGAAAGCCGUUCAAGCCCCUCCAGUUUCUUCCCCCUGAGACAGGAGGGCCUUGUAUCCUACAGCUCUAACUGGCCUGUGUUAGGACACCAGCUCUCAGACUUUUCAGCUGUUUGGUCUCCAACUUGGCCCCAGCCCUCUUGACGACUGGUUGUCCCGGCUGUGGAGUGCUUCCUGAGAGCUGUGAAGCAGUGAAGAAAGCUGCGGUGUCCUCAGAACAAGAGAGGAAGGACAGCCUUUCAGUUUUCCAAGAAAAUCGGGACCAUGAAAGUAUGGCUAGAAACUGGGCAGCAGGCUGACCCACAGGUUCUCAUGUACAGCGCACAGACUGCCUGGGGCCUAGGCUCAGUGAGAGGCAUGUUGACAUGUGGACAUUAGCAACCCGGUACCGACUCCUUGGUCUGAUCCUUGGAUGCCAUCGGAUCUCCCAGUGCUGUAAGCAAGUCUUAGAAGAUUGUAUUUCAUCUGUUAAUUUCAGGGUCUUUUGAAUCAUGAGGCUUUCUUUAUGUAGAAGAACUUGCUCUGACAUCCAGAAAGCCCCCGGGUUAAUUAAGGAAACCCUUGGUUGCAGGGGUGCUCCUUCAUUGCCUUGCAGAGAGUUUGAAGACAGCCUUUGUCACCUUUGUCCAGUUCCCCAGAUCUUCCGGUCUUCACGGUAAUAAAGAUGGAGUUGGGCUGGAGAGGUGGCUCAGCAGUUAAGAGCACUGACUGCUAUCCCAGAGGUCCUGAGUUCAAUUCCC